AUGAGAACCCUCUUUUUGCUGACAUUUGUCAUUGGAGUGGCCUACUGCGCUCCGCAAUUGAUGUAUUAUGAGCUAGAGUACAAACCUGUCCUGGCUCCACAGGCUCUUCCUGCGGCUGCCGCUGCACCUAGACCUUCUGAAGUCGAAAUUCUCUUGGCAGCUCAGCAGGCUGCAGCUGGAGAUCCUGCUCAACCUGUCCGUGGCUUCAUUAAGCAUGAGAUUCCCCAGCCCGGAGGCAGAGAAAGUAUUGAAGUUCUGUACCCAUUCGGCUUUCCUCAAGCUGCUUCAGCUGCUCCAGCUGUUCCUGCUAUUCCUGCUGCCCCUGCUGCCCCAGCCCCUGUUCCAAAGGACGAUGAUGAUGAUCAUGAUGACUAA